AUGGAAUCUUAUUUUAAAUAGAUGAUUAUGAUCUUGCUAGCUAUAUCAAUUUUCAAUAGAGUCAAUUCACAAUAGACAUAUGAGAAAGUAACCUAUUAUCUAGACACAACUACAUCGGCUCUAAACUUGACUUGCCAAGGUCAAACAAGGGUUUAUCAAUCAGCAAUCUCAGGAACAUGGAGUGUUAUGUAAUUCUAAAUCAAUACUGGUUAUGGUUAUCUGAGCUUAUUUUAUACUUUGGAAUUGCAUACGCCAACUAUUUUAAACAAUGAUAUUAUCUUUUUGGAAAGUGGCUAAAUUGUAUAUACAAUAUAAAGAUUUGCUUCUGGAUCAAUUUUAACUAAUUUCUGUUCUUCAACAAGUUAUGUUCAAUUUAUUUAGUUUACUUCAAGCACUAUGAUGAAUCAACAAUAAGCUACACUCUAUGUUAAAACUAAUACUGCAAUCACAUUUUAGAUUAAGAACUUAAAUAUUUAUGCUGAGAGGUGUUAGUUGCAUUGCAAAACAUGUAAUGAAUUUAAAUAAUGCACUGAAUGUAUGCCAAAUUUUACAAUUGGUUAAUGGGGACGAUGUUAAUGUGAUUCGUCAUUUCUAACUUAUUACUAAGGAUAAUGUAUUACUUCAUGUCCUGCUAAUCAUAUUUUUGAUGGUACUACAUGUAUUCAAUACAGCUAAUUAAUAAAUUUAUUAUAUGAUGAUACAGCAUCAAAAUUUACGAUGUACCCAGACUACAAUACAACUUAGAGAGAAUGUAAAACUACUUUAGAAGGUAAAUAAGUAGCAGGCCUAUUUAUUUAGAAUGAAAUUGUAGAAUAUAGAAUUAGUAAUCCAACGGCUACACCUAUCAAUAUUUAAAUUGAAGCAGAGUUUUAUCUUUUCAAUCUCCAGUUAAAAUAGUCUUUAGAUUUGUUUCUCAAGUUAAAUGAUUACUUGAUAUCUAAAACCUUAAUAAUGAAUACUAUAGCAAGUCAAUUAUCAGCUUUAGUAACAAUAAAUCAACAUUUAUGUUAUAUAGUUGGAUUUGAUUCUUGCCUAAGGUUUACCAUAAUAUAAAAAUUUGAGAAUGUUUUAGAUCCUUAAUCAAUCUAAUUUUAAUUAAAUAUUCCAUUAGAAAGAAAGGAAAUCACUUGGGCUAUUUCCUCUAUUAAUGUUAAUGCUGUUUAUUUAAGUCCAAUUACUUGCCCUUUUAAGAGAUUUCAGAAUGAAUGUGUUGAUGAAUGCCCAAUAACUUCAAGGACUUCAGGUAGUGAAUGUAUUAGCAUAAUUAACGAUUACAAAUUUUCGAAAAUAUUAUUGAUUCAAAACACUGACAAUUUUGCAAUAAAAUAACAAUUCAACGUUUAGAAUCCUUGUUAUUUAUUAGAAAAUACAAUAAGCUUAAAUUGUAAAUUUUAUUUAAAACGGUAUCUCUAAGGAGGUGAGUUGACGUGGAGAGAUUACUAAAUUAAAUUGAAACUUAACAACCUGUCUCCUCAUUAUAAAUUGAAACUAUUUUUAAAGGCCAUACUGAUAGAUCCUGUGGAUAGUCAAUAGAGUUUAAUAGUGAGUAUAGAUGAAACCAAAUAUGUAUUAAACAAAAAUUCGCCCAAUUCCUAUUGUUUCAGUGGCGUAGUUACAGCAGGUUGUAUAAUUCAGGAAGAUCUUGGUACAUCAACUGCGGAUUACUUAAUUAACUUUGAACAAGAAUUUGAUCAUUCGAAUACUGAUUUAGAGAUUGGGUUUACUUGUAACAUAAAGAGAUUUGUUAACUCUUAUUGUACAAUGUAUGAUAUAAUAGUUCUUUAAGCAAAUUGUCCUGAAAAUUGUUAAUAUUGUACCUCAGAUUCUGUUUGUAUACAAGCAGAAUAAUAUCUUUAAGUAUUUUAUGAUUGCCCAAGUGAAGGCUAUUAUUAUUCUUAGGGCGCUUGCUUGAGUUGUUUAAGCUUUUGUAAAACAUGCACUGAUGGUUUUUAUUGUACGACUUGCAAGGAUUAAUAUGUUAAAUUUGGAAAUUUAUGUUUUUGCAAAUUCAAUUUAGCCUUGGCAACAUACACUGAUUGUUCAGAGGAGGAUUGCCAUCCCUCAUGCUCAAAAUGCUUAAGAAAACCUUAUGCAGGUUAUAAUCACGCACUUUAAUUCGCAUCUUUGCUUUGUGCUAGUUGUGAUAGAAAUGAACAUAAAGUUCUUAGUUUUGAUAUUUGUGAAUGUUUCUAAGGCUAUUAUAUGGAUCAAUUUAGUUAUCCAAACAAAUGUAUACUAUGUAGAGAAACAUGUAAAACUUGUUCUGAUGCAACAUCUUGUUUGACGUGUUUUCCAGAAUAAAAUAGAAUACUACAAGAUUAUCAAUGUUAAUGCAUAUAAGGCUAUUUUGAAAAUGGAUUGGACUUUGCUUGUAUAAAAUGUAAACAGACUUGUAAAUAUUGUUUAUACAAGGAGGAAUAUUGCACUAAAUGUUACCCAGAAUAAUAUAGAUAGUUAUCAAUAUAAAACACAUGCAUAUGCUAAGCUGGAUAUUAUGAAGACACUACUACAGAAAUUUGUUUAAAAUGUAGUGAUUAUUGUAAUACUUGUUCAGACUUUUCAAUCUGCACAUCAUGCAAUGAUUUUCAAUUCAGGACAUUGGAUUUACGUACUAAAUAGUGUAUAUGUUAAUCAGGCUAUUACGAUAUCUAAUAAUUAGAUUGUUCACCAUGUUACUAUGCCUGCAGCAAGUGUAACAAUUCUGAUCUUAUAUCCUAAUGUACUGCAUGUCCUAAUUCAAGGUAGAAAUCAGCCCAUAAUAUUGAAACUUUUGAAUGUAAAUGUAAAAAGGGGUAUUUUGAUGAUGGAUAUUUGGAAUGUCUACCUUGUAAUAGUAUGAUCAAUCCACCAAUUACACAUUAUUGUUACUCUCAUUGUGGAGAUCUGAUCAUCUAAUGGAAUGAAGAGUGUGAUGAUGGAAACUUAGAUCCAAGAGAUGGAUGCAAUCAGUGUUUUCUAUAAAAUCCUAAUUGCAUUGAUAAUAUCUGUUUAUAAUGUUAAAACAACAAAUGUCUUUAAUGUAUAGAUGGAUAUUAUUUAAAUAAUGAUUAUGCAUGUAUUCAAUGUUCUGAUGAAUGUUCUAAGUGUGAAUCUUCAUAGAAUAAUUGUACAUAAUGUAAGUUUAACAAACUAAGCACUGAUAAAUGCUUAAAUUGUUCCUAAGAGUAAGGUUUUGUCCAAAUAGAUGACGAGUGUUUUAGUAUAUGUGGAGAUGGUAUUCGAACAUUUUAGGAGUUUUGUGAUGAUGGAAAUCAAUUAAUAGGAGAUGGCUGUGAUUAGUACUGUAAUGUAGAAGAUGGCUAUAUUUGCAAUCUUCAAUGCGAAAAGAUUAACUAUCUUGAAAUUCUGCUGAAGGAAGAUCAUUUAGACACUAUUUAUGAUUCCAUUAGAACAAUCGAAUUGAAACUCAAUCAAGAAGUUAAGAUUGCUACAAAUAAUUCUAUAAUAGAUUUUAUCAAAAUUACCUCUACUACUCCUAAUCUUAUAUUAACUGUCAUAAACGUUAAGGACUAUUCGUCUUUUAAAAAUGAUUAUUUUAAUGUCGGUUUAGAUUUGUCUAUAGAAUUGAAUUCAUCUGCAAUUUCUCCAAACAUUACAGUAACUAUUUAAAAUUAUACUCUUUUUACUAAUUAGCAAGGGUAUACCUUUAAAACUAACAAUGCGUCAAUAUAAUUGAUUGAUUUCAUCAAGCAGGAUCAAUUUGUCCUUAAAAAUAGUCAAAAUUUAAUUUAAAUGAGUUCAUAUUUCCUUUAUAUAUUAUUAGGAUUAGCAAUCCUAGCCAUGAUAUUCGGAGGUUUGGACAUAUUUUGGAAUCUUUUGGAUACUUUGUAACUAAUUUGUUAUUUAAAAUAUUUUAAUGUAUCCUACCCUUAUAAUCUUUAAUACUAUUUCACUAUUUUUGGGUUUGCUGAAUUUGACUUUAUUAAAUCUUACUUUGAUUUUGAAUACUUGAUUACUCAAUAUGUAGACACUCCAGAAGCUGAUCCAAAAUUUAAUUCAGAAGGGUAUUCUACUGUUUUUUUAAUUAAUAUAAUUUCUGUCCUUUUUGUAUUUCUAACUACUAGUGCUACUUUUAUGAUUAUAAAAGCCCUAUUGUACUUUAUAAAUAAAAUUACAAAAGACUUUUCUGAAGAUAUGAUAUUAAACGAAAGAGAAAAAAUUAAUUUAUUCACUUUUCUAUUUUACAAAAUGGCUAAUAGUUGCUAAAAAUAUUUCCUAAAAAUUGUGACGGAGUUUAAAAGUGCAAUCAUUAGAACUUUUAUGGCUUCUGCCUAUGAUUUAAACAUAGCUAUCUUUUUGUAAUUUAAGGAUAUACAUUUUGAUCACCCUAUAUUAAGAUUGAGUAGUAUUUGUGCUAUUUUUGUGUUUUUUUUGGAAGUAUAUUUUAUCUAUAAUGGUUUCGUAUUUAUGAGUAAGGACUAAGCAAUAUAUAAGUUACCGAAUACCAAAUAAAAUUAUGGGUCACUUUUUGAAGGUUUAAAUUUAGAAAGAAAUCGUUUCAAUUAUUAUUUUAAUCUAUUCAUUGUUGUUAAAAAGGUUGCUUUCAUAGCCUUGCUAGUGUUUCUGUAUAACACUCCCUGUUUAUAAAUUAGCUUAGUGUCUCUAUUAAGUUUAACUCAAGGUUUAUUUUUAUUCUUUAAUCAAUCAUUGGAAGAUCAUAAUGAGCUUACUAAAUAAAUUACUUGUGAAAUUAUUUUAUGGAUAGCAGAAAUUUUAAUUUUGACAUUUGGGUUUAAUGAGUAAAGUAAUAUUUUGAAUCGUUUGUAAAUUCUAAAUAUUGGAUGGAUCGUAAUGGGAUUUUUAUCCCUAAUAAUAUUUGUUUAAUUAAUAAUUGAUUGCAGACAACACUUUUAGUUCCUUAAUGAAAAAUAUCUAUUGCUCAAAAAAUUAAGACUUUGGUUUCAAUAAUAUUUUAAAUAGGAUGAAGUUCAAUCAUCCUUAUAUACUGAUUCUAGUUAGUUUUCGAUAAUAUUUCAUAAAAAGCAAAAAUAAUUACCAAACAUUCCGUCAGUUUAAGGCUCAGAGAAGUAAAUAAAUCAACGUCGUAUUGUCUCUUUUAAUUUGAGGUGA